AUGUCUGCUCAGCCCGGUGAGGAGCUAGGCUCGGAUGGGAGGUGGUUUGGAGAUGACUAUGAGAGGAACGGCCUGUUUGGGAACACACCGACCCGCUUCGACGAUCUACGUGAAGAAUUUAAGCCGAGAGGCGGCGAGGUGGCGGGCGACCUGGAUCAACAAUUUCAUCCUUUCCACCAGGACGACGGGAAAAGGCCUCCCGUUGCUAUGGAAACUGCAUCUACAGAUGACCCCAUGUCUGGCCUGUUUAGGAAGCCUAUGAAUGAUGAUGGUGAUGUCUACACUUCUUUGACGUCAAAUCAGAGCUUCACAUCAGGUCGAGAAGCCUCCUACUUGUCAGACGACCUGAAAUCGUCCAAGCCCUCCUCUGGCUCCUCUGCCCUGGAUCAAUUCUCCAGCGACAACUAUAGCUUCAGCUCCAACCAGAUGACUUCCAGCCUGGCUGAUGACAUGCCUAAGUCUAUGUUUGGCUCAGAUAAGACAGAAUCCUACAACUACAUGGACAUCACCCAUGGGGAUGAGCGGCGUGACCAGCACAGUGUGGUGGACACGGCCUCAACUGGUCGUGACUCAUUGGUCAGCUACAUGGAUAAAAACCUUGGAAGAGAUGAUGACGAGGAGGAAGAGGAGAACCUAGGUUCAGCACUGGGCUCCCACUCUUUCCCCUACGUUGAGGAGCCAUCUGAUGAAGAGUUGUCAGACUACCGCUCCUACCGAAACCUGGGUGGAACCCCGCAGACGGCCAGCCCAGUGAAGAUCACCUUGACCGAGUCCCAGCCGCCGACUGCCAAGACUGAGCCGCAGCAACAACCCCCGCCAGUCAGCAUGUCUGAGCGUGAAAACGUCCUCAGUGUGGGCUUACAGGGGGUUCCCACUGUGACGCUAUCAGAGCCAGAGGAUGACAGCCCUGCUUCUACUCCCAAUGCUUCGCCAACACAAAAAGAUUUCCCUCCCCAUGACAUGACUGCUUCCAAAAGCAGUCCAAGCACAAAGGCCAGCAGCAGGGAGCACGAUGGCAGCAGCGCGGAGUCUGGAGACUCAGAGAUUGAGUUGGUGUCUGAGGAGCCUCCAAAGGCCGCUAGCAACCCAUUUGCCCAGCCGCCUAAAAGCAAGGGCACUUUCAGCCAGCCUAACAACCCCUUUGACAAUCCCCCUGUCACCAAGGGUGGUUUCGGCCUAGCAGGCAACCACGCUCCACCCACAGCCUACAGCAUUCUGAGGGAGGAGAGAGAGGCAGAGCUUGACAGUGAUCUCUUCAUUGAGUCUGCGUCUGAAGAGAGCCCGAAGAGAGAGCAGGGCUUCAGUGGCCCCAAACAGGGAGUCAGCCCUCCCUCUCCCUUGGUUCCCAGCGCUGUCGCGCCCCGCAUUCCGGCUGAGGCGGUGCCGGCCGAGCCUCUGAUCACAGAAAAAGUCAAGACCCCAGUGAAAACAGAGGAGGAUCGCCCCAGCAAGCCCAAGCCACCCACUGCUGCCGUGCCCCCGGAGGUGCGAUCGGAGAGGCCCCACCAGGACGACAUGCACAAGCACACCAAUGAGGGCAAAGGAGACCUGGGAAAGCCUGCUGCUUCAAUCUCCCUGCAGGGCUUUGAUAAACAAAAAGCGAUUGACCUACUCUACUGGAGGAAUGUGAAGCAGUCAGGGGCCGUGUUCAGCAGCGUGCUUCUGCUCCUCUUCUCCCUGACCCAGUUCAGCGUGGUCAGCGUCGGAGCCUACUUGGCCCUGGCAGCCCUCUCUGCCUCCAUCAGCUUCAGGAUCUACAAGUCUGUGCUGCAGGCUGUGCAGAAGACCGAUGAGGGACAUCCUUUCAAGGCCUACCUGGAGAUUGAAAUCGCUCUAUCCCAGGACCAGAUUAGUAAAUAUGCCGACAAAAUCCUGCUGUACUCCAACACCUGUAUGAAGGAGCUCCGCAGGCUGUUCCUCGUACAAGACCUGGUCGACUCCUUGAAGUUUGCUGUUUUGAUGUGGCUGCUGACCUACGUGGGCGCUCUCUUCAACGGCCUGACACUGCUCAUCCUAGCUGUGGUCUCCAUGUUCACCAUGCCUGUGGUCUAUGAGAAACAUCAGGCACAGAUCGACCAGUAUGUGGGACUAAUACGGACCCAGGUCAACUCUGUGGUGGGGAAGAUCCAAGCGAAGAUCCCCGGGGCCAAGAGGAAGGAGGAGUAGAUCCGUCUGUCUGUCUCACCGCGAAGCUGACAGUCCAGUCCAGCUCAGUCAGGCAGCUCGGUCACUGUUGAAGAGCCUGGUCGUCAUCUGUGGGGCAUAGUGCUGUCAUCUUGGUGUUCUCUAAAAGCAUCCACUGGAGAAACCUUCACCCUGUCUAUAGCAGUCUAAACACUAACACAGUCACACGUACAUAAUCCUGUUUCUAGGUAGACAAGUACACAACUCGAAAACAAAAAAACAAACUUGACUUUUUUUGUGUUGCUUAUUAUUAAAGUGCAUGAAGUCGAGCCUUGGGUAAAUAAUAUUUGAUAUCUUUUGUGCAGCUUUUAAAAUCGCGCUACAUUUUUGCUUUGCAGUGCUUACCACAAACUAUGGUUUGGCACAAAAAAAGCUAAAUGCCCACAGACGUGCUCUGCUGCCAAUGUUAAAUACUGCUUCAUGUUUCGGAGUUAGCAGACAGGGCUUCUCUCAGUAUAUGUCCAUAUAUAUAAAUAGCAAAAUGAUUUCCUUUUGGUGUUUCUAAGCACAACAUAAUUUAACAAUAUGCGUCUUAGAUGUGGUAAUUGUAGGGUUUUUGCUUUUGUAUAACCAUAAGGAACAAUUCACAUGCUCAUGUUUAUGGUACUGUUGUACAACUACUAUGAAGACAAGGAGUAUCUGGUGAUAUUUAGCUUGUUUGAAUAACUGUCCAACUUUGUACUAUGUUCGACUAUACUCUGUAGUUCUUUAGACCCUGGACUCUUUAACUAUUUGCACUUACACUAUGUAUUUAAUUAUAAGAAUAAGAAAAAUAAAUGUACCUUGAUGUAUAACA